AUGGUGAAGAGCAUCCCACAGGACCCGACCCAGCGCCGAGAGGCAGAGUCCCAGGGGACAGAGGAGGCUGUCCACGUUUGGGGACAGCGUGGAGUGAGUGUAAGAGCCGAGCUGGAUACUAAUUUUGUGUUGGGGAAUGCCCAGAUAGUGGACUGGCCUAUCGUGUACAGCAAUGAUGGAUUUUGCAAGCUGUCCGGCUAUCACAGGGCAGAAGUGAUGCAGAAAAGCAGUACCUGCAGUUUUAUGUAUGGGGAGCUGACUGAUAAAGAUACGAUUGAAAAGGUGCGGCAAACCUUUGAGAACUAUGAGAUGAAUUCCUUUGAAAUUCUGAUGUACAAAAAGAACAGGACACCUGUGUGGUUCUUUGUGAAAAUCGCUCCAAUUCGAAACGAACAGGACAAAGUGGUUUUGUUUCUUUGCACUUUCAGUGACAUAACAGCUUUCAAGCAGCCAAUUGAGGAUGAUUCAUGUAAAGGCUGGGGGAAGUUUGCUCGGCUGACCAGAGCCCUGACCAGCAGCCGGGGCGUCCUGCAGCAGCUGGCGCCCAGCGUUCAGAAGGGCGAGAGCGUGCACAAGCACUCCCGCCUGGCCGAGGUCCUGCAGCUGGGCUCAGACAUCCUUCCCCAAUACAAGCAAGAGGCACCAAAGACUCCCCCUCACAUCAUCUUACAUUACUGUGUGUUUAAGACCACGUGGGAUUGGAUCAUCUUGAUUUUAACCUUCUACACAGCCAUCUUGGUCCCUUACAAUGUCUCCUUUAAAACCAGGCAGAACAAUGUGGCCUGGCUGGUUGUGGAUAGCAUCGUGGAUGUCAUCUUUCUGGUGGACAUUGUGUUGAAUUUUCAUACCACUUUUGUUGGACCAGCUGGGGAGGUGAUUUCCGACCCCAAACUCAUCCGCAUGAACUAUCUGAAGACGUGGUUUGUGAUUGACCUUCUGUCCUGUUUGCCAUACGAUGUCAUCAACGCUUUUGAGAACGUGGAUGAGGGCAUCAGCAGCCUGUUCAGCUCUCUCAAAGUCGUCCGGCUGCUCCGCCUGGGGCGAGUGGCCCGUAAACUGGACCAUUACAUUGAAUACGGCGCUGCUGUGCUGGUCCUGCUGGUGUGUGUGUUCGGGCUGGCUGCGCACUGGAUGGCCUGCAUCUGGUACAGCAUCGGGGACUAUGAGAUCUUCGACGAGGACACCAAGACCAUCCGCAACAACAGCUGGCUCUACCAACUGGCGAUGGACAUCGGCACCCCUUACCAGUUUAAUGGGUCUGGCUCAGGGAAAUGGGAAGGUGGCCCCAGCAAGAAUUCUGUCUAUAUCUCCUCGUUGUAUUUCACCAUGACCAGCCUCACCAGUGUGGGCUUUGGGAACAUCGCCCCGUCCACAGACAUCGAGAAGAUCUUUGCAGUGGCCAUCAUGAUGAUUGGCUCACUACUUUAUGCCACCAUCUUCGGGAAUGUGACAACCAUUUUCCAGCAGAUGUACGCCAACACCAACAGGUACCAUGAGAUGCUCAACAGCGUUCGGGACUUCCUGAAGCUCUACCAGGUGCCAAAGGGGCUGAGUGAGCGCGUCAUGGAUUAUAUUGUGUCCACCUGGUCCAUGUCCAGAGGCAUUGACACAGAGAAGGUCCUGCAGAUCUGCCCCAAGGACAUGAGAGCCGACAUCUGCGUGCACCUGAACCGCAAGGUGUUCAAGGAGCACCCUGCUUUCCGGCUGGCCAGCGACGGCUGCCUGCGGGCCCUGGCCAUGGAGUUCCAGACGGUGCACUGUGCCCCGGGGGACCUCAUCUACCACGCUGGAGAGAGCGUGGACAGCCUCUGCUUCGUGGUCUCCGGCUCCCUGGAGGUGAUUCAGGAUGACGAGGUGGUGGCCAUCCUAGGGAAAGGAGACGUGUUUGGAGAUGUGUUCUGGAAGGAAGCCACCCUUGCCCAGUCCUGCGCCAACGUUAGGGCCCUGACCUACUGUGACCUGCACGUGAUCAAGCGAGACGCCCUGCAGAAAGUGCUGGAAUUCUACACGGCCUUCUCCCACUCCUUUUCCAGGAACCUCAUUCUCACUUACAACCUGAGGAAGAGGGUGAGCCUGCAGUUUCAGUUUCUUGUCUACCAAGAAUAG